GUUUUGACAGGCAUCUCCUCGGGAUGUAUCUCAUCGCUAAAGAGGCGGGACUUCCCACUCCUCAGCUCUUCACUGAUCCCCUCUACUCCAGAAGUGGCAGUGGAGGUAACUUUGUGCUGUCAUCCAGCCUGGUGGGCUACACCACAGUUCUGGGUGCGGUGGCCCCCAUGGUUAAGCAGGGAUAUGGCUUCUUCUACCGAAUCAGAGAUGACAGGAUUGUGAUCUCUGUCACAGCUUGGAAAUCUUGUCAUGAGACGGAUGCUGCCGUGCUGUUCAACCACUUCUCCAGCUCCCUGCAUGAGCUGCUCCACCUGGCCACUAUGUCUCAGUUAUAAAUACCUGAAGCAAACAGGGUACGAGUUUAAAUAUUUAGAUUUCCUCUCUCGUCUGUGUAUCAGUACACAUACUGCUCAGACUGAGUUUAAACACCUAGAUCUGCACAAAUCAAUGCAAAAUUACAGAAUCUGCA